CAUCACCAAUAAUUUAUUCACCAAAUAAGUCGAGAAUUGCCGAAAAUGCUGUACCUCGUGGGUCUCGGUCUGGCGGACGAGAAGGACAUUACUGUCAAGGGUUUGGACAUUGUGAAGAAGGCCGAGCGCGUCUAUCUCGAGGCGUACACUGCGGUAUUGCUGGUGGAGAAGGAUGUGCUUGAGGCAUUCUAUGGCCGCGAAGUCAUCAUUGCGGACCGUGAAAUGGUCGAGUCUUCAAGCGACGAUAUCCUCAAGGACGCCGACAAGGUCGAUGUCGCAUUCCUAGUAGUAGGGGACCCGUUUGGCGCGACGACACAUACUGACCUUGUCCUCCGUGCCCGCGAACUCUCCAUUCCCACCCGUUCGAUUCCCAAUGCCAGCAUUCUCACUUCCAUUGGCACCACUGGCCUGCAACUCUACAACUUCGGACAAACCGUAUCCAUGGUCUUCUUCCUCGACAACUGGAAGCCCGCCUCCUUCUACGAUCGCAUAAAAGAAAAUGUUUCUAUCGGCUUGCACACGCUUGUGCUCCUAGAUAUCAAGGUCAAGGAACAGAGUCUAGAGAAUAUGGCCAGAGGACGCAAGAUCUACGAGCCACCGAGGUACAUGACAGUCGCACAGUGUGCGCAGCAGAUGCUGGAAAUUGAAGAGGACGUAAAGCAGGAAGGUGCAUACACAAAAGACAGUCUGGCUGUUGGUGUUGCGAGAGUAGGAGCAGAAGAUCAGCAAAUCGUUGCAGGAACACUAGAACAGCUUUGCGAAGCGGAUCUAGGCAAGCCACUACAUAGUCUGGUGCUGUUGGGCAAACGGACGCAUGACCUCGAGAGGGAUUUCCUCGAGGAAUUUGCUGUGGAUAAGGAGAAGUUCAAGGAGAUUUGGAAGAGGGAUUAUGAGGGGAAGUCAUAGAGCAAGAGAAACUUAUUGUUUCUCUGUGACAUUGAAUAUAUGUGCCAGUAUUUGGUAGCAUACAACUAUAUUUCUGAGACAUGGUGGCUCCCUUGGGCCAGCGUACAGUAACUAAGCAAACCCCCAACAACGCUUUUUUACUGUAUUGUACACAGCAUCGCAUCACACUCACUUCUAGAAUCAUCCGUCUUCACCCAUUUCCCUUCCUCCUUC